AUGGAUUCGCUACAUCAACAGAUUCGAGACAUCGACUUUUCCAAUUGGCUUGACGUGGCUGUAGCAAUUUCUGUUACGACAAAGGGAAUAUCAGAAUAUCUGGAGGGUACUUUUCUAGCUUUGCACCACGACAUAAAGUAUGGAGCAUGCGCACAACUGCCGAUCUGUGGAAGAAACUGUAGCAAGACCCAACGAAAGUUUUCAACAUGGUGUCCGACGUGUAUCAAAUGGAAAGAACAAAUCAUGUUAUAUAACAAAUACAGGGCAAGAAAAAGACACAUCAAAUGGGAAGAGAUUAAUUCAUCAGAUUUGCCCAAAAAUGUCGACGAGAUGGUGAAGGCUUUCGCCCCAGAAUGGUGGAGGGUAAGGACUCCAUUCACAGAAGACCUUUCUGUAGGAUUACAUGUGUUACACAACUGUACAAAAUUUAACAUUCCUGUUCUGACUUGUCAGCGUGUUAGAGAUGUUCGGAACGCCCUGUUCGCUCAUGGACAUCUUCAAGUAAGUAAUACAAAAAAGAAGGCCGCUUUAAGGAAUCUUAUUUCAUUCCUCAACCUCCCAGAAAUCUCUCGAACCGGGAGUGGCAAACUGGCUAUUUCACAACUGAAACGUUUAAAAUCAAGAUGCGUUUUAGAUCUUAUAACAGAGGAUGACAAUAUUAAGAACCAUCUGGUCCUUGCAUUGAAUCCACACGACGACGCCCAAAGAGAUAUAUUGGACCGAAAUGAAAACAUUCAGGAAAUGAGAUUAUGUGUGCGUGACGAAGAGAACAAUGACGGAUACAGAAAAUACUUACUUGCCUCAUUGAUAGUAUGUAUACUUAUCCUCGUGAUUGGCUGGGUGGUUAACAUCCGUUGGAAUGAUACAACUAGGAAAGGACUCAGCGAUGAAAAAGAAUGUUUAACGAUGACAUUUGCUAAACCGUGUCCAUUUGAAUCUGAUUUUACUUUCGACGGCUAUCUUCAGGAUCGUCGUCCCCUGUUUGGCCGGGAGUGGCUUAUUGAUAAGAUCCAAACAUCCUUAAUCGGUACACCUUCCAGAGGCAUCCUGCUGACAGCUAAGAUGGGGUACGGUAAAUCUACGUUAGUAUCACACAUUCUUUGUACCAGUAAGCUGUCGAGUAAAAGUGGUAUACAAAAUUAUAUUUUAUCAUAUCACAUUUGUAAGUUUGACGUUAUUAGUACACAGAAACCAGAUUAUUUCAUUAAAAACCUCGCAGGAAUGUUAAUAAGUAAGUUACCAGAAGCAGGUUUUGCUAUUUUGACUAGUCGAUUAGCGAUGGCCUUUUUACAAACUAGCAAGUGUGCGGAGGAUCCUGUUGGUUGUAUCGACGCCGCAGUCAUUCAUCCUUUACGCGGACUUACAUUUGACGAGGAGAGGUAUGUUGUCAUUGACGCUAUCGAUGAGUGUGGUGUUUCGGCCGCCAUCGAUAUAUCUAUUCUUGAUGUCUUAUCAAAACGAAUCGGCAAAAUGCCAUGGUGGCUGAAAUUCUUUAUUACGGCUAGGAAUAUAAAUGCAGUUACUAGGAAAUUGCCUGAAAUGACAAUACUUCAAGAAGAGCCUGGGAAUGUCCAGAAUCAAAACGACAUCACAGCCUAUCUCGAAGAAAUUCUGUUCAUACACAAACCCGUGAUGUCUCGUUUGUUUGGGAUACACGCCGAUAAGAAGGUGGUAACAAAACAUAUCUUAAAUAUCAGUAGAUCAAAUUUUUUAUAUGUGGAUCUUGCCGUUAAAUUCUGGAUAGACUCUCCGCAUAGUAAAGUAACAGAUAUCCCCCAGUCUCUUAGUGAAUUAUAUGCUUAUAAUCUUGACCGUGUAUUUGGUGAUAAGGAACAUUUGUACGAUGUUGCUAGGAAUGUGUUUGAGGUUUUAUGUACUUCUUAUAUAAGAUUACAACUAGAUGAACUGGAAGCCAUUUUAAAUGUUACAAAUCAUCCAUACGAUCUGCGAGAUCUGCUCAGAAACCAAAUUUCAAAUUUCGUUGAACACAAAACCUAUAUAAGCAUAUAUCACAAGGCAAUCUGUGAUUACCUUACUAGCAACAGCUCCGGAUAUCAUAAGUAUUACAUUUCUACACACAACGGUCACAAGUUGUUUGCGAACUACCUUUUGAGUAAACAUAACAACAGUAUGACAGAUAUACUAAGUCUAUUCAUACACACGGCCGAGUCAUCAGAUUCUGAUCUUCUUCAUUCAUUCCAACGCAGCAAACACUUUUUGAAGAAUAUGUAUACAGCACAUCAUCUCCACCUAAUGGCCAAAACGAGAAAUUCUUUUCGCGGAACCAAAUUGCUAAUUAGAGCUAUUGGUAGUCAACACAUCAAUAGCCUAACAUCCACAAAUGUAACUGCUUCAUUUCUGGCGGCGGCGUUUGGGAAUUCGGAAACACUAAAAGCACUGAUAGAGGAGGGUGGCAACUACUCAUUUAGAGUACAAAACCACCCGAAUAAAGGAGGGUGGGAAGAUGUAGUUAACGUUUGCAAAUAUAAAGCUUUAUGGGGCUACGGUUUACUAGAUAUCGCUGCUCAAAAUGGACGCACAGAUGUAGUGAAUGUUUUGUUGUCUAAAAACCACUCAUUAUUAUACUUCAAAAACGGAUUAGGUGUUAACGCUGUUCACUUAGCUGCUGAGCAUGGUCAUGCAGACAUUUUGAAAAGGUUUUUAGAAAUAAAUACUUCGUUAGCUGAUCAACAUUCGCUGUAUUUAGCCGCAAAGAAUGGUCACCUGCGGUCUGUGCUAUUACUGUUAAAUCAUAGUGUCAAGGACGUUUGUGUUAAAUGUGAAGAUAGAAUUCACUGGAUCGCUAACAUCACUAAACGAAUGCAGUGGCAUCCAUAUUCUAACAUAAGUGAUAUUUUUUCUUUUGAUUUAUCAGAUCCCAAUCAAUACGAAGAGUUAGAGAAUGUGACAUUCGUUCUAAACGAUGAUACAAGAUUAAUAGAAUGUUUAACCGCUUUAGAAGUUGCCGUUCAAGGAGGUUAUACUGAAAUAGUAUCUUAUCUACUAGCACAAACAACCAACGCUCUACAUUGUCGGGAGUAUGGAGGUAGAACCCCACUUCUUACGGCUGUAAGGUAUAACCGAUCGGAAAUACUUGAUCUUAUUUUAGACAAGGGAGGAAGUUUUACGGACAAAUGUGAACAUUUAUACAAUGUAACAAAUAGACACUCCCUCCGAUUGUUCAAUAUCAACGAGAAAACGGCUUUAGAUAAUGGCAUGUGUCAACUAGGGACUACAAUAGAACAUCUUAUCGCAAUGAACGGAGAAAAAGAAAUAGCGGAAAAUCUACGGUCUCAAGGCAUAUAUCUAAACUGGACGGUACAAGAUGAAUCAGGUAAUACGCCGUUACACUACGCAGCUUGUAAUAACGAAUGGGAAAUGAUACAAUAUAUUAUAAGCGCUGGGGAUAGUAAUGUAUUUUUGUCUGCGAAAAAUGGAUCUCUGCCGAUACACUCUGCCGUUUUGUGUAACGCAUUGAUGUCGUAUGCGGCGUUAUAUCCUCCCUCAUUAUGUUGUUGCGAAUAAACAACUGGUAGACAAAGCAGGUAGGGGAUUGUUUCAUUACCGCGUCUUAGGAGUAGAAUAUACAAGUAAAGAUGACAUUUUACUUCUACUAGAUGAAUACAGGUUGAGUACGUCAACAAAAGACAACAACUUAAAUACUUUUCUACAUGUUGCGGCUGAAAUAGGAAAUCAUCAGGUAAUUAUACCUUUUUGCCUGAGGUCUAAUAUAUC